AUGGCCGACCGCCGACCGCUCAUCGACGACUCCACGCCUGACCCUCCUGAAACCACAUAUGCAACGCCUGCGCUACCGUCGCUAGGCUUCAACAAUACCUCGAGCUCUCUCGGAUUUACUCCAAUCGCAGUCUCGCCGCCUCUCAGCCCACGCUUUUCGCGACCUGGAUAUACACGUUUAGGGAGCGGUGCGACCGCAGUCGAGCGUACACCUGCCACGGUGGUAGAGGAAGAGGAGCAUGUUGCAGACAAAAGAUUCAGUCCCAAGCUCGAUGGUGGAGGAUACGAGCCGUAUAGACAAGGCGGACUGAAGCAUGCUGGAGGAAGCAGCACAAGUUUGAAUAACGACUAUCAACAUUUCUUGCAGGCCAGCAAGGGCGCCGCGCCGUCUAUCAACUCCGCAUACCAAAACAGCUUCCAUCCAGUCCAUGAAUGCGCGACAGAAAGACCAUUCUACCACUCGAGAUUCACAUGGGUAUCCGUUAGCAUCGUGAUAAUAUGUUUAUUCUCUACUGUCUUCUCCGGCAUAUUCCUUGGUCUUGCAUUAAGAGCUCCCCGAUAUGGACGAUCGAUCUCAAGCCAGGGUUCUUUCAAACCAUCGGACGCUAUUCUCCUUACUACUGUUUUCGCUAAGCUGAUCGAACUUUCAUUUGUUACUUCAUUUGUUGCAUUCCUCGGCCAGGUCCUCAGCAGAAGGGCUUUCAUGAAGGAGCACGGUCGCGGCGUCACGCUCUCUGAGUUGAGCAUGUGGCGAUGGGUAGUGCAGCCCGGCACUCUCAUCACGCAUUGGGAAACCGCAAAGUAUGCGGGCCUAUCAAUCCUCGGCUUCUUGAGUCUGCUAAGCGCGAUCCUGGCUACGCUUUACUCGACCGCAGCUACUGCUUUAGGUACGUACCACAUGUUGACCAAAACCCGACGAACGCUCACCUCGCCAGUACAACCAAUGCUCAAGGACGGAGGUCACUUUACCCCGAUGGUCUACGCCGGCCGUGUGAAGACUGGCUUCGCAAACGUCAACUACGUGAAAUCGAUCUGCGAGACGCCGAUAACAGGAACAAUGGACAAAGACAAUUCGGGCAGUACCUGCCUACAGCUUGAGCAUGCUGGACAGGGAUAUCACAACUAUCAGCGAUAUCUUUCCGCCUGGAAAUCCUGGAAUCGAUUCGGCAACGGCACUUCCGAUCAGCAUCUGCGCCCGCCAGGCUUUGGACUUCUUCAUGAGAAUACUACCAUCACUGCCCAAUGGAUCGACAUAAUUGACACCACGAAAGAAUCCCAGAAGUACAAACGAGCUGUCAACCGCGUCAGUUUAGCAAUGCCUCAUGCAGGCGUCUUCUCAGCAGCUCGCUACGGCGAAAACGAUAUCAUGCAACCUGAGGAGUUAAAUUCGGAAGGCACCUACAGUCUGAGGGCCAGCGUUCCUAGUCCAGUACUGAAUGUUCUAUGUGCCAACCUGAAUGAAACAGAAAUGGCACCCAUCGUUUACAAUAUGUGGCCCAAUAGCGAAGAGGUCACUAUAACGAAUUGGAACGACGACCCUACGGUUGGUAUCAAAGGCAAUGCUACAACCAAAAACAAUACGGUUGUAGACGAAUUGUUCGGCUGGACGAAGAAAGACGAUAAGAGCAUGGUGGAUUAUCCGCCCGUGUUCGCCAAAUUGCCAUUGGCAUUCAACACCAUCAUGAACCAUACCAGCUAUGCGUGGGGAAGAGACUCAAUCUACCUCUUGGGUGCUGGUGGGAACAUGGAUGACGGAACUUCCCAGAACGGUACUUACAUGGUGUGCAAGAUCCAUGUAACUUUGACAUCCAAAUGCACUACGCAGUACAACGCCACGGGUUCCGGGGGUAGUAUGGAAGCCCUUUGCGAAGACAAAGAUCCACACAUGGCCUACAUCAACAGCAACUCGAGCGAAGCAGAGAGUGUGAGCAUGACCGACUGGAGAGACAUAGGCUUCGAUUGGUCGAAUGCGAUGUCACUCAAUGCUGGUCUCACGGACGGCGCGGCCUCUAAUGCAAGAUUGCUCAUGCAGUUGAUGCUCAAGGAAAAUGACGAGGGCGAGUUCGAUGUCAACCCUUCGCUGCCUAGUCCGGCGGAAGCACUCGCUGUGAUGUCUGGUUGUACGUUGCUGAUGAGUGCAAUUGACUCCCCCUAUGUCAUGUUCUGGAAUUACACCACCAUCGUUCCUCUGCUCGACGACUACACUAGGCAAUACUUCAACGGUUCCGUGAAAGCCCAACAAUACGCUUCCGGUGGCGUAGACAACGUCUCUAAGGCCUGGAUGCUCAUUCUCUUCCUGGUUUUCAUCAUGAACAUCUUCGUCCUCGCGUAUUUCCUGUUCCACAAGGGCCUCGUAACCGACUUCUCGGAACCGCCCAACCUCUUUGCGCUCGCCGUGAAUUCGCCUCCCUCGCACCUUUUCGCCGGGUCAUGUGGAGGCGGUCCCGGAGGGAAGCAGUACGUGGUAAACUGGUUCGUCAAUUCAGAGGGAGAUCAUCUUUACAUGGAGCCUGGACAAAAAGCUGCACACGAGCAUAUAGAGCAUGCACAUCCACACAUGCUCGCGCCGCCACCACCUCCACCGCCAGUGAAUAUGAAGCCAGGCACUGGAGGUUUCUUUGCUGGCGCUGUGGCUGGUGCGGCAACCUCGUUCCAGAAAUUACGGCAACGGGUCCUCGGCUCUGGAGCGAAGAAGCAUCAUUCUCGGCAUCAAAAAUUAAGCCCCAUAAGCGUUCACACGCCCGAUCGAGGGGUGGAGCUUGAAGAUGCGGCUACGAAGACGCAGAGGGAUUAUCAUAAGCUUUCUAAGAGGACGAGCGUGCUGUGA